AUGAGGACGGUUCUAGAUAUGGAACCUAGUAGAGACUGCCUGUACACAACACAUCGGAGCGAGCCCAUAAUGGCCGAAGCUAUCGCACAGAUCUUCAAGAGAUUCUACCAUGAACAGCAAAUCCCAGGAUCCGGUCGCCUUCGAGCAUUGGACGUGCUUCAUGAGUACCUCUCCCAUGACCUCUUGUCAAAAGGGGAGGCCGGAGAAGUGGUUGCUCGCUUCCUGUGCACGGAAGCAUACUAUCAGGCUGUGGAACAAGAAAACAGAAACGAAAACAAUCCCGGGGCGCAAGUGGUAUACUCAUCAGGAUGCUCUCUGUCCAGCUUUAUCGGGGCGCUAUUCCACACAAAGGGAGUAAAGACGAUUUCCAGAAUUCAAGCACAGAAUGGUGGGAAUGAACAACGCACCUUUGAGGAAGUCUUCAAAGAUGCUUCCGUGAGGUUCCUACAGACAAUCCGAAUGGGAGACAAUGCUCUAAACCCCCUUGUCCUGUUUGGCGCGUUCCUGCGGGGCGAGAUACUCGCAGUAUACCACAGUCAAAAAAAGAUUGAUGUGGUCAUUCCUGUGCUCAUGGAUAAGAAGCGUCUCACCCCUGACAACAUCACGGCUCUCGGUAUCUCAGUCAAACAACGCGAUGAUUCAGUCUCACCCGAUGCGUUUGAGGCCGAUGACAUCUUCUUUGGGCCAAGUCAAUAUCGACCAUAUAUCAUGGUUAUCAUGGAACUCGGCCAAAACUACAAUCAGUCAAAAUCGAGUGACCGUUCUCAGCACGUCAUGGGAAAGCCAGGCUCAAAGUCUCCCACCACAAAGGAAGAGCCGCCCGCACGCUUUGGCUUCCGAGUGGUAGGAUGUUGCUCAGAAGUCUUCGGAGUCAUAUCUUCGGAAGAAGAUCAUCUCUAUGCGAUGAUCCUGCGGGACAAACCAGACGAUGUCCGCAAACCUGUCGAAGAGGACAGUCUUCCUCAUCGUGCAGCCAAGAGGUACCACGAAGGACAUACGGAAUCCACUCGUCUAGGUCUCACAGAGGAGGAGUACGAGACCGCGAAGGAUCAGAGAAAGCUAAAGAAUCCCAAGAAAGGACCAAAGACGGAGCGAUAG